GAUAAGAGCUGAUCAUCGCCCCACCCACUGAAAGCUGAGACCAGCUCAUCUGCAGAAGGGAGGAUCAGCUCCCAGCUCUGGGGCAAAGUGAGGUCUAGUUCCUGGAGCAGUGAGCUGUGUACCAGGACUCCUGGGUUCUAUCCUGCCCCUGGAAGGGGAAUGGAGGCUAGUGGCUAGAGCAGGGAGGCUGGAACCCCAAACUUUGUUAUUGCUGCCCCUCCCAUCUCCAGGCUCCUGGGUCCCACUCUACAAUGGAUAUAAAGAGACAAAUGCACCUGGGUGAAAUGCUCUGAGAACUAAGUUGAGCAGAAGUGCCAUCACGCCCCCAUACACACCAUGAGGCUUCGCUACAUCAAAGCUUGUGUCUGGCUGUCUUGUGUCUUUGUUGCCAAUGUAAUAGUCUACACUGUAGUGACGCUCUCAAGGAGGCCACUCAGUCUGCAGGCUUCAGGGAGAUCAGCCUUCAUUGGGGGCCAUUUGAGGCUGUGGCAGCACAGGGACUUCCAUAGCCUUCCCCUCUGGGACCUAUUGCUGCUCUACAUGGACCGGUUGGAAAACCCCAUACUGAGGAACGCCACAUCCCAGUUCAACCUCACACUGCCAGGGACGUGUGGAGAGAGCUUCCAUGAAGCCUCCCAGAGACUGGCAGAUUUUUCCUCCUACCCUAGCCACCUCCAGGCUUUCAUCCUCUCCAUGCACUGCAGGGACUACCCGCUGCUAAUGGGGCCAGCAGAUGAUGAGGCCUGCCCAGAUGGGACCCAACUGCUGGUGGCUGUUAGGUCCCAGAUGGCCAACUUUGACCGACGUCAAGCCAUCCGACAGACAUGGGGCCGAACGGGACUGGUGAGGAAUGUGACUGUGCAGACGCUCUUCCUGUUGGGCAGACAGGGCUCAGGGGAUGGGCAUCCAGAUCUGGAGGAACUUCUAGAGCUGGAGAGGCAGAAAAACAGGGAUCUCCUGCUUUGGGACUUCCAGGAUACCUUCUACAAUCUCAGCCUAAAGGACAUCCUGUUCCUAGGGUGGCUGCGGGGCCACUGCCCCAGUGUGGAGGUGAUCUUCCUGGGGUAUGAUGAUGUCUUUCUUAGGGUGGAGACCCUGGUGGAUUAUGCUGGGAACUUGGACACUAUCACUCGCCGGGGCCUCUUUGCUGGCCAUGUCAUCCAGGAUGCUGCCCCAGUCCAUGACUGCAAACAUAAGUACUAUGUUCCUGAGUCCUUCUAUCAGGGCACCUACCCACCCUAUGUGGGGGGUGGAGGGAUCCUUUGCUCACGGGAUGUGGCCACCCAGCUCUACGAGGCCUCGUGCCACUUGCCCCUCUUCCCCAUCGGCAACAUCUUCCUGGGGAUCUGCCUGAGAGAGCUGGCACUGGUGCCACUGAACCACCCUGGUUUUUGGACCUUCAACAUGGAGGCUGAGGGACAGGAGGACUUGUGUGCUUACAAGGAACUCAUCUUGGUGGAUCACAGGACACCCCAGGAUAUCAUCCGGCUGUGGCGAGGCCUGCAUGACCCUGCUUUGGCCUGCUAGGCCCCAUGGUGGUGACCAUGUUGGUUGUCUAUUUUUUCUUUGGUGGCCAUCUUGGUUUUCUAGCUUUCCUUGGUGAACAUCUUGGCUGACUGGUUGGCCAGUGUUCUUUGGAGGCCAUCUUUGCCUCCUGGAGGAUAUUUCCCCACUGAGGUGUGGCUACAUCUCCCUCAUGCAGACUCCAAGAACUGCUGCUACUCUGGAGACUCGGCUCUGAAUCCUUGACAGCUGGCUACAGUGCUGCUGCUUAGCCCAUGGGGGACCACCCCACAGUGCCUCCUGCUGACUAAGCAGAGAUUGAGUUUUUCAUGAAGCCCAGAUAUGUAUCCAGAGAAGGCUAGGCAUGCUGCUGCUGCCGCCGCCAUGCCUGAGGGAUGAACAGCUCAGUAGGGGGCACUCCCCUCACAGUAAGUGCUCCCCAUGCCCCAGUGUGACACUAGGGGGUUCUUUGCUGCAGGGAGUAGUAUGGAGGGUCAGUAGGGGGUGCUCUCCUGUCGCAGUCAUUGCUGACCCCAGCAUGGAACUAGGGUCUGUUGUACUUAAGUGGUGCAUAGACUUAGCCCAGGGGUGAAUCAGAGGGAGACAGCUCUCUCAGCUGUAAAAUUUGGAUUUAGACUAUUGAGUUGAACCUGAAAGGGUCAUUUUUUAUGCAAUUCAUUGGUAACAUCCUCUCAUUUUGUUCUUGGUUCCUCCUGCAUUCAGAGAAGCAGGGUUUUGUGUAUAUUUCUUAUAAAUAAACAAGAGUGCAUCAAAGAAAUACCUGAGUGUCAGCG